AUGUCGUCCAACCAACCCAUUGUCCUCCAGUGUUGCGUGGACAAGAAGAAGAACAAGAAAGGUGGAAAGAAGAGCAAGAAGAAGAAGAAGCGCCAAGUUGACCGCAGAACCCUGAACAUCAACACCGUUCGCGACUCGCUGCUUGAAGCACAACCGAUGGCCCCCGAGCGCAGCAUCAACUUUACACAGUGGUGGGAAAAAGUGAGUCGCAACGCCGACUCUUUUUUCCUGUUGCUUCAUCGCAUCAUGAACGAGCUCAAUGCAAAGAAGGCGGGCCGCCACAAGCACGGUGCCACGCUGUCUGCCAUCACCAAGACCAUGAAAACGUGGCAGGAGCACUACCUCUCCUGGAAAUGCUCCUGGCGCAAAGCUCAGAACGACUGGGCGCGCCUGAUCAAGCCGGCGCUGCUGUAUCUGUCGUGCCACCCGCUCUCCACCAUCGCCGACGCCCCGCUCAAAGGCAUGCGCCCCUUUGUCAUCGCCCCGAAGACCGAGGCCGGUGCGUGGGAGUGGGCAGCGUUUCCUGCCGCGCAAAAGCCAGGGCUGCUCGCAACCCUCACCCAGCACUUCCUUGCCAGCCUCCACCACGCCACCGUGGCGACAGACGGGCUGCCCAUCAGUGGUGAGCCGGUCCGCAACCCGCCAACAGCACGUGCGCUGGCGAAGGUGCCACGCGCCCGCCGCCAACUCGACAAGCACAACCCAAAGCUGCCGUCCAUUGAGACGCGCUGUGAGAAGGAUGCGCCCAAAGCGCGUGGUCCGUUCCUGCUGGCCAAGGCGCGACCGGCGGCAGCAACGCUGCACUGGCUCGUCGUCGAUGCCCUCGCCCGCCUCCCGGCCGCACUCGGCUCCAUCGACGACAUAUGCGACUCGCUGAUGCACUCGCAAUACAUCAAGCCGACAGAGGGCGCAAACUUUGAGACGAAACUUGAGACCUCUGUGCACAAGCUGCUGCUUGAUGAGCAGGACGGCGAUUUCCCCGCAUGUGUGUAUUGGUUUCGCGCGCACCAGUGGCUCUAUCUUCUCCGCGGCGAACACGAGUCAUUCUUCAUGGUCGAUGCGAGCAACUUCAAGAAGAAGGCCCACACCACAGGCGCCAGCAGCACAGCAGCCAUAGCAUCCCAUUCAGCAGCAUCAUCAUCGUCAUCAUUGCUGCUGGCUGGGUCCCCAACCCGAGCAAAAGCUGCGCACACACCACCACGGCAGUCAACCACAGCCACGCUGGCAUCAUCGCCAUCAUCAUCAUCGUCGCCAGCAGCCGCCACAUCCCGCAUGAGCGCGGGUGCGACGAAGCGUGCCAAGAUGAGCAGUGCGGAGAUGGCGAGCUUGGAUGACCAGUAUCGCGCGCUGUGGAAGGCGUUUGGUCUCAACCAGGAACUCACACGCAUGUCCGCAUCUCGAUACAUCAGCCUCGUUGUUGGUGACGUUGAGGAGAUGGGACGACAGGUGCGAUUGGCGGUCCGGUCGUCCACCCUCAAGGACAGCGGCGCGCGGCACAGGAGAAAACAUCCACAUCACCACGCACGCCACGACGGUGGUGGCCGUGAUCACGGCAGCGAAGGAAAGCCGGGGCGAUAUUUGUGGGCGGAUGUGCCGGCCGCAAGCCGACUGGCGGCUCUGCUGGCAUCACCCACGACAACAACGACGACAACGACAACAGCGAAACCAGCAACAGCGGCUUUGGAGGUUGUAGCAUCAAACGAGCGAACGCCAACAGAAACACAAACGCGAACGCGAACACCGGCAACAAUGGGCCUCUCAGCAGCAGCAGCAGCAACAACAGCGACGGCGUCAGCAACAACGGCCGCGGGAUCGUGGACAGCCGUUGUGCCGCUCCUGCUGUCAUCGCUGACAUGUGCGUUGCAUGCAAGCACUGUUGAGAGAGAUGUGGGUGAUGGUGGUCACGGUAAUGGUGAUGGGCACGCCCCAAGGAUGAUGCCAGAUACUGGCCGCAGUGGUGGUAGCGGCGGUGGCGCGAAGGGAGAGGAGAAGGACGAAAACACAGCAUCAAGUGCCGAGCGCAGUGAAAACGCAACGGACACGAACAAGCAGCAGCAGCAGCAGCAAGACACACACAAGACUGAUGACGAGGGUGAUGACGACAGUGGAGAUGAUGAUGAUGAUGAUGAUGAUGAUGAUGACGAGGAGGAUGGAGAUGAUGAUGAUGAUGAUGAUGAUGAUGAUGACGAGGAGGAUGGAGAUGAUGAUGAUGAUGAUGAUGAUGAUGAUGAUGAUGAUGAUGAUGAUGAUGAUGAGCCGGACGUGCAAGUGUACAUGGACACCAACUACGAUGACAGUGAUGGCAGCAUUGACAUAUGA